GGCUGAGGAGGCAGCGGGAGGGGAUGGUGUGUCUGGCGGAGGCGGUGGCGGACGCCGCUCCGGCUCCUCCAUCCCCGCCGCUGUCGCCAUGGGUGUGAGCAGGGCCCCCCGGCCCGCGCAGAUAUGAGGCACCUAUUAACAAGCAAAAAGUGACUGAACCAUGGCUCAGUUUCCAACACCUUUUGGGGGCAACCUGGAUAUCUGGGCUAUUACUGUGGAGGAGAGAGCUAAACAUGAUCAACAGUUCCAUAGUCUGAAACCAACAUCUGGAUUUAUCACUGGUGAUCAAGCUAGAAACUUUUUUUUUCAAUCUGGGUUACCUCAGCCGGUGUUAGCACAGAUAUGGGCUCUAGCUGACAUGAACAAUGAUGGGAGGAUGGAUCAGUUGGAGUUUUCAAUAGCUAUGAAACUUAUCAAACUAAAAUUACAAGGUUAUCAACUCCCAUCUGCGCUGCCUCCUGUCAUGAAGCAACCACCUAUUGCUCUGCCUAGUGCGCCAGGGUUUGGUAUUGGGGGCAUUGCCAGCAUGCCAUCUCUUUCAGCUGUUGCCCCAGUACCAAUGGCAUCCAUUCCAGUAGUAGGAAUGUCUCCACCGUUAGUAUCUUCUGUUCCUGCAGCAGCAGUGCCCCCCUUGGCUAACGGAGCUCCUGCUGUUAUACAGCCGCUGCCUGCUUUCGCUCAUCCUGCCACAUUGCCAAAGAGCUCUUCCUUUAGUAGAUCUGGUCCAGGAUCGCAGUUAAACACAAAACUGCAAAAGGCCCAAUCAUUUGAUGUGGCUAGUGUGCCUCCUGUGGCAGAAUGGGCUGUACCUCAGUCAUCAAGACUGAAAUACAGACAACUGUUCAAUAGCCAUGAUAAAACAAUGAGUGGACAUUUAACAGGUCCACAAGCAAGAACUAUCCUUAUGCAAUCAAGUUUACCCCAGGCUCAGUUGGCUACAAUAUGGAAUCUUUCAGAUAUCGAUCAGGAUGGAAAACUUACCGCAGAAGAGUUUAUUCUGGCUAUGCACUUAAUUGAUGUAGCUAUGUCUGGUCAGCCAUUGCCACCUGUACUGCCUCCAGAGUAUAUUCCACCUUCAUUUAGAAGAGUACGCUCUGGUAGUGGCAUAACAGCUGUAAGUUCAGUAUCUGUAGACCAAAGGUUACCAGAAGAACCAGCUUUAGAAGAAGAACAGCAGCAACUGGAAAAGAAAUUGCCAGUCACAUUUGAAGAUAAAAAACGUGAGAACUUUGAACGUGGCAAUCUAGAACUUGAAAAACGGAGGCAGGCUCUCCUGGAACAGCAACGCAAAGAACAAGAGCGUCUAGCGCAACUGGAACGGGCAGAGCAGGAAAGGAAAGAACGUGAGCGACAGGAGCAAGAACGUAAAAGACAACUGGAACUAGAGAAGCAAUUGGAAAAACAACGGGAAUUGGAACGGCAGAGAGAAGAGGAAAGGAGGAAAGAAAUAGAAAGACGAGAGGCUGCAAAAAGGGAGCUUGAAAGGCAAAGACAACUUGAGUGGGAACGUAAUCGUCGGCAAGAACUACUAAAUCAAAGAAACAAAGAGCAAGAGGACAUAGUUGUUCUGAAGGCAAAAAAGAAGACCUUAGAAUUUGAGCUGGAGGCUCUAAAUGAUAAAAAAAAUCAGUUGGAGGGAAAGCUUCAAGAUAUCAGGUGUCGGCUGUCUACCCAAAGACAAGAAAUUGAGAGUACAAACAAAUCUAGAGAACUGAGAAUUGCAGAAAUUACCCAUUUGCAACAGCAGCUACAGGAAUCUCAGCAGAUGCUUGGAAGGUUGAUUCCAGAAAAGCAAUUACUCAAUGACCAAUUAAAGCAAGUUCAACAGAACAGUUUGCAUAGAGAUUCUCUUCUUACUAUCAAACGAGCCUUAGAAGCCAAGGAACUAGCCCGUCAACAGCUUCGAGACCAGCUAGAUGAAGUAGAAAAAGAAACUAGGUCUAAACUUCAAGAAAUUGAUAUUUUCAAUAAUCAACUGAAGGAGCUGAGAGAAAUACAUAACAAACAACAACUACAGAAACAAAAAAAUUUGGAAGCUGAGAGACUGAAGCAGAAGGAACAAGAAAGGAAGACAGUAGAACUGGAAAAGCAAAAAGAAGCUCAAAGGCGAAUCCAGGAGAGGGAUAAACAGCGGCUUGAUAGAGUGCAACAAGAAGAGGAGCUUCAGCGGCAAAAAAAAACUCAGGAAGAUGAAAAGCAAAAAAGGGAAGAAAUAACCAAGAAGAAGGAAAGUGAGGAUAAGGGGAAACAGGAAAUGCAAGAAAAACUGAGUAAGCUUUUCCAACCACAUCAAGAGCCAAUCAAGCCAGCUGUCCAUGCUCCUUGGUCAAAUGCAGAAAAAGCUCCUUUAAGCAUUUCUGCUCAGGAGGAUGUAAAAAUAGUGUAUUAUAGAGCAUUGUAUCCUUUUGAAUCAAGAAGCCAUGAUGAAAUCACUAUUCAGCCUGGCGACAUAGUCAUGGUGGAUGAAAGCCAGACUGGAGAACCAGGGUGGCUUGGUGGAGAAUUGAAAGGAAAAACUGGAUGGUUCCCUGCAAACUAUGCAGAGAAAAUACCUGAAAAUGAAGUUCCAGCUUCUGUAAAACCAGCAGUUGAGGCUGCUGCUGCACCUAAAGUUUCUGUGCAUGAAACCGCCACAUCACUAGCAACUCCUACUUCUACAGAUUGUACUGCAACUGCCAAUAACUGGGCAGACUUCAGUUCAACAUGGCCAACAAAUACUAGUGAGAAACCAGAGACUGAUAACUGGGAUGCCUGGGCAGCCCAGCCAUCUUUGACUGUCCCCAGCGCAGGGCAGCUGCGGCAGAGAUCAGCAUUUACUCCUGCCACCGUUACAGGAUCAUCUCCCUCUCCUGUCUUGGGUCAGGGUGAGAAAGUGGAGGGGCUUCAAGCACAGGCUUUGUAUCCUUGGAGAGCAAAGAAAGACAACCACCUUAAUUUCAACAAAAAUGAUAUCAUCACAGUUUUGGAGCAGCAAGAUAUGUGGUGGUUUGGAGAGGUUCAAGGACAAAAAGGAUGGUUUCCUAAAUCGUAUGUGAAACUUAUUUCAGGCCCCAUUAGGAAGUCAACAAGCAUGGAUUCUGGUUCUUCAGAUAGUCCAGCUAGUCUGAAAAGGGUAGCAUCACCAGCAACAAAACAGGCUAUGUCAGGUGAAGAGUAUGUUGCUAUGUACACUUACGAGAGCUCUGAACAAGGAGACCUGACCUUUCAGCAAGGUGAUAUGAUUCUUGUGACAAAGAAAGACGGCGACUGGUGGACGGGAACACUGGGUGAUAAAUCAGGCGUUUUCCCAUCUAAUUAUGUGAGACUUAAAGAUUCUGAGGCUCCUGGAGCAGCUGGAAAAACGGGAAGCUUAGGGAAGAAACCUGAAAUUGCCCAAGUUAUUGCCUCUUACACAGCAACGGGUCCAGAACAGCUUACCCUUGCUCCUGGUCAGCUGAUUCUUAUCAGAAAGAAGAAUCCAGGUGGCUGGUGGGAAGGAGAGCUCCAAGCACGAGGGAAAAAACGGCAAAUAGGAUGGUUUCCUGCUAAUUAUGUAAAACUUCUGAGCCCUGGUACCAGUAAAACUACACCAACCGAGCUACCUAAAUCAACAGCAUUACCUUCAGUGUGCCAAGUAAUUGGCAUGUAUGACUACACUGCGCAAAAUGACGAUGAGCUGGCGUUCAAUAAAGGCCAGAUUAUAAACGUCCUCAAUAAGGAAGACCCAGACUGGUGGAAAGGGGAGGUGAACGGACAAGUGGGUCUCUUCCCAUCCAACUAUGUGAAGCUAACAACAGACAUGGACCCAAGCCAGCAAUGGUGUGCAGACUUGCAUCUUCUGGAUAUGCUGACACCUACCGAAAGAAAAAGGCAGGGAUACAUCCAUGAACUCAUCGUCACGGAAGAGAACUACGUAAAUGAUCUGCAGCUGGUGACGGAGAUCUUCCAGAAACCACUAAUGGAAUCUGAGCUGCUAACAGAAAAAGAAGUUGCUAUGAUUUUUGUUAAUUGGAAGGAGCUGAUUAUGUGCAAUAUUAAACUACUGAAGGCAUUGCGUGUGCGUAAGAAGAUGUCUGGAGAAAAGAUGCCAGUGAAAAUGAUUGGUGACAUCCUGACGGCUCAGCUGCCCCACAUGCAGCCUUACAUUCGGUUCUGUAGCUGCCAGCUCAAUGGGGCAGCCCUCAUCCAGCAGAAGACAGAUGAAGUCCCGGAGUUCAAGGAGUUUGUUAAAAGGUUAGCAAUGGAUCCUCGCUGUAAAGGAAUGCCACUAUCAAGUUUUCUACUAAAGCCUAUGCAACGGGUAACAAGAUACCCACUAAUAAUUAAAAAUAUAAUAGAAAACACUCCUGAAAACCACCCUGACCACAGUCAUUUGAAGCAUGCUCUCGAGAAAGCAGAAGAAUUAUGUUCUCAAGUAAAUGAAGGAGUGCGGGAAAAGGAAAAUUCAGAUAGGCUGGAGUGGAUCCAGGCUCAUGUUCAAUGUGAAGGCCUGUCUGAGCAACUCGUAUUUAAUUCUGUUACAAACUGCUUGGGACCGCGCAAGUUUCUGCACAGUGGGAAACUCUAUAAAGCCAAGAGUAACAAGGAACUGUAUGGCUUUCUGUUCAACGAUUUCCUCCUUCUGACUCAGAUCAUUAAACCUCUUGGCUCUUCUGGCACAGACAAGGUCUUCAGCCCCAAAUCUAAUCUUCAGUAUAAAAUGUACAAAACUCCCAUUUUUCUAAAUGAGGUACUAGUAAAAUUACCCACAGACCCCUCUGGAGAUGAGCCCAUCUUCCAUAUCUCCCACAUUGACAGAGUCUAUACACUUCGGGCUGAAAGCAUUAAUGAGAGGACUGCCUGGGUUCAGAAAAUUAAAGCUGCUUCAGAACUUUACAUAGAGACCGAAAAGAAGAAGAGGGAAAAGGCCUACUUAGUUCGCUCACAAAGAGCAACAGGCAUUGGGAGAUUGAUGGUGAAUGUUGUUGAAGGCAUUGAACUAAAACCUUGCAGAUCCCAUGGAAAGAGUAACCCGUACUGUGAGGUGACCAUGGGCUCUCAGUGCCACAUUACCAAGACAAUACAGGACACCCUCAAUCCGAAGUGGAACUCCAACUGCCAAUUCUUUAUCAAAGACCUCGAGCAGGACGUACUCUGCAUUACAGUGUUCGAAAGGGACCAGUUCUCCCCAGAUGACUUUUUGGGCAGAACAGAGAUCCGUGUGGCAGACAUAAAGAAGGAUCAGGGUUCGAAGGGACCAGUUACAAAGUGUCUCCUUCUGCAUGAAGUCCCAACAGGAGAGAUAGUCGUACGACUGGACCUGCAAUUGUUUGAUGAGCCUUAGAGGGAAAGGGACCGAUGUUUUAUUUUAGUCUGAGUUCACUGCAAUAGACGUCUGCAGAAGCUGUCGCGAAGUCGUUAUUCAUUUGGUAUGAAACUACUGCUUGCCCUUCACACAUAAGAGGGUUAUCAAAGCAAACAGGAGCAUCUUUGUGCCUUGAUAAUUCUCGAUGGAAAAUGAAUCCCAAUUUUGUGAGGAAACCUCCCUCAGUUUCUAUGUGGAACUUACCAUUAGUUUCCUGGGUUUGUGAAAUAACCUAGUUGUUCGUUGUGCUCCAGGCUGAAAGGCUGAUAGACCACAUAGGUUGCUGUGCUUGCUCCAGUUACCCUACUCUUUAAUUUACAUGAAGAGGGCAAUGUUGGUAUGUUUGGAUACUUUCUGCAGAUUUUGCCCCAUAGGAAUUUUGUGCCUAUUGCUUGGCAAAGUAGUGUGUAAAUGUUAUGUGAAUUGAAUGAGCAGUUAUGCGGUAAGAAGAUCUUUGACUGACCUUCUGAAGACCUUUAUGGCGGUACUGAAAAGACUUAGAAAAUAAAUAAUAAUCUAUAUCUAUAAACAGAGAAGAUUCUAUUAGCAUACCACUUCAUGACUCACUUUGCCCCUGAAAAUAAACUAUGUACAGGCCUUCUGCACAGAGAUGAAUUGCACUCUAGAAGAGUCCCCCCACUUGGUACCUUUGGAAAUUUCUAUUUUCUAUAGGAUUGUAAAUGUUUGCACAGUAAGUGAAGAUGAAUAUAGAGCCCUGCUGAAUGUUGCGCUAUACCACUUCAGUACUUCUUUUACUACUGCUGCUUAACUGUGUGAAUGCAGAUGAAUGAUCUGUCACCUGCAAUGGGGAAGAAAAAAAAUCAUGGCUCUAGCUCAGGAAGCUAAUUUCUACCCCAAUGUAUCCAGUUUGCAGAGCAAUCAGUGGUGGUCAGUUAUUAAAUUGUACUGUGCCUAAGUGUAUUUGACAUCAUGUUAUUGAUUUCAGGGCAGUAGCACACUGUAGCUCACAAAGGUGUUUGUUGCAAGCCAGGUUGAUCAUCGGUUUGGUGCCUAUAAUAUCAGAUGUGACCAGAGAGAGAACUGCUGUGAUUGUGCAGAGUGGGUAACCCCAAAGUAAAAGCCUUGUCACCUUGGGGAAUGCUGGGAUUUAUGUAUGCAUUUAACUCUGGGUGUGCGUACACGUGUGCACAUAUACACGCACACACACAAGCACAUAUAGGCCCACAUCCGGCAAACUUUCCCUGUUUGUAAAGGCACCCAGCUUUGAGUGUGCACUAACGUCUUGGUUUCCCUUAAGCACAUGUGCAAGUGCUUUGCUGAGUCUGGACCUAAGAGUAGAUCCCUAAGAGUAAAAUUCAUCUUUGUUCUGCUUGGGUUCAUUUUGCUCAUUACCUAUCAUGCAUACACUGGUAUUUUUGUAAUGACUUUCUUUCCAAAUGGGAGGUAUCAACCUGUUUCAUGAGCAUGUGAAUGUUCUUGUGGAGCCUGUUGUUAGGUUUUGAUGUUCCUUGCAUGUCCUUUCAGUACUGAUUGCCACCUUUCCUGUAGAGGCGGUGUUCUCUAACACUACAAGUCUUAUUGAUUUCCAUUAGGAAAUUAGGAUAUCUUCAUAACGGAUAGCUAGAUACAGUAUGGUGAUAAGUGUAAACUGUGCUGGGAAGUGUCUGUAUCAUAAUUUCCUACAAGACCACUAUAAUGUUUCAAGCAAUUGGAAAAAAAUGUAUGUUGGAGGGACAACAAAGUUUACAUUUCAUACUUUUCAGAAUCGCUUUAUUAUUUAUUUAUUGAAGAUAGUGUAGAAUUUUGUAUCAGAAAUGACAGACAUACUUAUGUAUUUUUUGAACAAAACAGAGAUACACACUUUAGUUAGAAACUUUCAACUGACGCAUUUUAGAGGGAGUUUAACUUCCAAGGCAUGCAUUUGUUUACCACUAACUGGCUAAAAACACAAUUAAGAGAACUUUAAGUUUCUAUUUUUCAAUGUUGUUAAGAAAAUUGUUUUGAUUAAAAUAUGUAAAUAGUACUAAACCCAUGCUUUCCUAAUUCCAUAUCCCAUAACCCAUUUUAUUAAAUAUAAUGUAUAUGAAAAUACACAUUGUUGUGGUAGGAUAAAAAGUGAUAAAAUCUAUUAAUGGAGUAACAUUAAAUG